AUGCCGUCUAUUGCCUCCAGUGUAACCAGGUCUCAGCGCUGGUCUUAUAAGAAAGCACUGUUGCCGUGUGAGACAGACACAGAGACCAGUCAGACAACAGUCAACCUUGUUUCGUGUUAUACAGAAUCCAUUCAACCUUCAUCUCACCUUGACAUCAGCAACCAGUCUUGGGUUAAGAGCAGCACUAGGGAGAUUACGGCCACUUCAGCAUCUCCACCGGUAACCACCACUUACGUGAGGCCCAUCAAACUCUCGCGAUUGGUUAGGACCAUGUUCGAAGAGGCCUCCAUAGAGUAUGCUUCUGCCAUCCGCACUGCUGCUCUCUUCCCCGACACGCACUUCUCCACCUCCACUACUACUACUACCACUAGCACUACUGCAUCACCCAAGCUUCCUCUUUGUAGCAAGUGGAAUUAUAACAGUGUGAAUGGCACCUGCCGUAGACCAACUCAACCCGUGGCGCCUACAAUGUACGCCACCCCUUCAGCGCCACCCACUCCACUGCCGCCCACAUGGGUGACUCCCAGGCCGUGGGAACAAGGCGACACCAUCGAACGACGAAUCCAGGAGAUAAGGUGCCAGUUUGUUCCCGCUACCUCCGUCACCCGCCAACCUCCACCGUCGCAAAAAUCCCACAUUUACUCCCAGCCCACAGUCACGCCCAGGUUCCUGCCCACGCCUACAGUCACACCCAG